AAAAAAACUAAAGUCAUUUUUGGCAUCAGCGUACUCGAAAACAUAUAAACAGUUAAAAAUUCAGAUAAACACAACUUUCCCUAAAAUUUGUGGCACAGUGAAAUGUAGGCGACACUUAAAUGAUCUUCUCUAACAUAACUGGCGGAGGAUGUGAUGAUAGUGUUAUAGCUGCUUUGGUAUCCCACUAAUUGUUUUAAUUAAGUUCUGGAACUCUCAAGUGGCAGGGUUUGAUGUAAACACUUGGCAUUUUCUGUUUAUUAUCGAAGCAGGUACACCCUUGUAUAUACACAGAUACAAUCUGAGAGAAUAUAGUGUGAGACUCUCCAGGGAAGUGUUGUAAAUGUCACUUUGAGAUAACACUUGAGUUAAGUGCCAAGCUUCCCUGUCCAAUGGUAAUAAGUGAACUGCCCUCUCUGGGCGUGAGAGUGAGCCGGUUGUUUGCUAAAUCAGUUGACCUUUGAGAGAAAAGCAAACCAAGUUAUCUAGAGUCGUGAAUAACAUGCUGACUUACUUGGUGUUAUUCAUUUGAGUGAAUAUUUAUAUAAAGUAAAGGUGCUGUUACACCAGCGGUGGCUGUCACGAACUGAGAUUGUACUGUGCUGAAAAUGUUCUGACAUGCGCCGUUCGUUCAAAAGCUAACCUAACCUAAUCUGUCCUAACCUGACCUGACCUGUCCUAAUCUUUUUUCUGAUGGGUAAUCUCAGCAUGCUACACAGGAUUAUGCACCGACUGUUGAUGAGAGACUAUACUCAGCGCUGUGAUCUACUAGAAAUUGGUGUGAUCAACCAGUAGACCGUGAUCGAUGUUUUGGCCACUCCUGCUGCAGGAGUGGAAGAGGAACUAAAAAUUACAUGUAUUCAAGAAGCUCAAAACCCACCUGAAUAAUGACCACAAAGAAAUACUCCAGUAUACCAGUUCACAUUGUUGAGGAUCACCAGGAUGUUUUGUACCAUAUCUUACGAGCUAUUGGAUCUAAGCAUCUGCCAUUCACCAACAACCUACUUGUUCACUUUGACUCUCAUCCUGACUUGCUUAUUCCAGGUGAGCUCAAAGCUUCAGAGGUUUAUGAUGUCCAUGUUAUGCUUCAUAAAUUGAGUAUUGAGAAUUGGAUUCUUGUUGAAGCUUUUACUGGACAAAUUUCCUCAAUUGUUUGGAUUAAACCCCCUUGGUCAAACCAAAUAGAGGAUGGGAAUUACAAAUUUCUCAUUGGAAAGCAAACAGGUACUGAUGAAAUUAGGGUUUCCUGCCCUGUUUCUUACUUUGUAGGUGAAAUGUUGUAUUGUAAAGCAGAUAACCUCGAUGAUACCAAAGAAGUGAAUCUUUAUGUCUGUACACUAGGAUAUGAAUCAGAUGCAAAGGUAGAGCAAAAUAUAAUCAAUUUGAUUCAACAACAUGGAGAAAACUACAUUUUAGAUAUUGAUUUAGAUUUUUUUACCACAAUGAAUCCCUUUGUUUCUAUGUUCGACAAAGUAGACAUGUAUAAUAGACUGAGGAAAAUUUAUCAUUUUGACUUCAUUGCUUCUCAGGAAAGUGAAAUCAUAGACUUACAGUCAAAAAGAUGUGAACAAAUAGCAACACUAAAAAAAAUAUUUUCUGGUCUCCAAGAACUGAAAGACAUUGACCUCAUUCAAAGAAAGAUAUUUAAUAUAUGUGAAAUUGUAAAAGAUAAACAGGAAAAAGAAUCUCUUAUAAAACUUAUUCUGGACUUGGCAAAUGAAUACGGACCUGAGGUUGACUGGGAAUUGGUACAUGAUGCUGGGUGUACUUGUGAUGAUGAAGUUCAUGAACUUCCUCAUCACAUUUCUAGUAAUGAGGAAAUUGACUUGCUGAUGAAAUCUUCACAAUAUCUCAUAACAAAAUUCCCAGCACCGGUGAUAAUAACUAUUGCUCGUUCUAGCCUGGAUGAUUAUUGUCCACCUGACCAAGUUGACAAGGUGCAAGAGGGAUUUUGUAGAUUUUUAAGGGAAACCUACAAUAUAGAUUGUAAAAAGCACUAUGAAAAUAUUGAAGAAAACUGAAAGGUAAACAGUUAAUAAUAAUAAUAAUAAUAAUAAUAA